UACGACGCGGCCGCCGCGGAGCGCUUGGCGGCCGGAGCGAAGCGGGGCGAGCGCUGCGCGGGCGGCGGCGGCGGCGGCGGCAGGGCCGAGGGGGCGCGCGGGGGGCGGCGUCGCCAUGUCGCACGGCCACAGCCACGGCGGGGGCGGCUGUCGCUGCGCCGCCGAGCGGGAGGAGCCGCCCGAACAGCGCGGCCUGGCCUACGGCCUCUACCUGCGCAUCGACCUGGAGCGGCUGCAGUGCCUCAACGAGAGUCGUGAGGGCAGCGGCCGCGGCGUCUUCAAGCCGUGGGAGGAGCGGACCGACCGCUCCAAGUUUGUUGAAAGUGAUGCAGAUGAAGAGCUUCUGUUUAAUAUUCCAUUUACAGGCAAUGUCAAACUCAAAGGCAUCAUUAUAAUGGGAGAGGAUGAUGACUCACACCCCUCUGAGAUGAGACUGUACAAAAACAUUCCACAGAUGUCCUUUGAUGAUACAGACAGGGAACCAGAUCAGACCUUUAGUCUGAAUCGGGAUCUUACGGGAGAAUUAGAGUAUGCUACAAAAAUUUCUCGUUUUUCAAACGUCUAUCAUCUCUCAAUCCAUAUUUCAAAAAACUUCGGAGCUGAUACCACAAAGGUCUUGUAUAUUGGUCUGAGAGGAGAGUGGACUGAGCUUCGCCGACAUGAGGUGACCAUCUGCAAUUAUGAAGCAUCAGCCAACCCAGCAGACCACAGGGUCCAUCAGGUUACCCCACAGACACACUUCAUUUCCUAAGACUGGCCAGGGCUCCCACAGAGGCGCUGUGUUGGUGAAGAUGUACAGCAUCCUGUUGGGGAAGACAAAGAGAUAGGGUUCCAGAGAGAGUUGGUGCCACAGCCUCUGCCAAGCUUUGUCUUUGGGGCUUGCUGCAGAAACCUGGCCUAUGGAAGAUACCACACCACCAGGGAGGGUAGUGUGGGUGCUGAGGGACAAUCGUGGUUCUCUAGGGCCUAGAAAUUGAGUCUUGGGCUGGGCAGCAUCUGGCAGUCAUUAGAUAAUGUCUGCCUUUCCAGUCAGUGUGGCCAUGGGAUCCCAAGUGUCUUGUUGCUUUGUGGCAGGAUUUUUGUGUGACUUGUUUUUUUUUUAAAUGGAAACUAUUUCCUGGGCUGCAGUAAACUUUCUGAAGCCUCAGCAUUGUGUUUCUAUUAGCCAUCAGGAGGGUCUCCAACUAGAAAUACUUGUCCCUGCUUGCUCCUUCUUCCUGUCAGCGUUCAGCAUCCUUGUCAAGUUGCCCAGCUUGGAGUUGUCUGUCAUGUACUAGUGUCCCGUGGUUAUAGCUAGAAGAGCAGGAAUCUCCUGAUGAUGCCUACUAGCUUGAGGAGCUCUUUUUUUCUUACUGCCUAGGUAAGCAGUCGGGAGAGCAUGGGCAUUUCUGUGUUUGUGAGUUAUCCUGGUUGGAUAAGAGUGGGACUUAGGUAAGAUUCCCCUUGGGACAUGCUUAAUGUUUAUUAGCUUCUAACUAGUGUCGUAAGCGCAAUGCCAGAAAUUGGAGAUCUCAGUUCUUCUGUUCAUGGCUUUUUAUUCACCAUACCUAAUAAGCUUCCUAAUAAAUCUUUGCCAGACUUAA